CUCGCGUUCAGUUUCUCGUUGACUAGGUAGUAGCUAUUUUCCUGUAAACGUUUCUGUUAUUAUGAACGCAUAUUCUGUAUUGAUAGUAUUAACAAUAACGGUAGUUUCGUUGUUGGUGACUUUGCCAUUCUUGUCUGCACAAAAUAAUCAAUUACAGUUCAAUAAUGGACAAAGUAAUAUUGGCCAAUAUGGAGCUGACAGUAAUGCAGCAUUUACGAUCCCGUCUUCUUCUUUGAAUUUGGAAUCCGUGAACAUGGAACCUAUGAUUCCGGCACCCACAAAUGUGAAUAAGCUCUCAGUGGGCAAUACAAACUGGAUUAUCAAACUGGCAAUAAAUAUCAGUUGUCUUAACAGAGAUUCUACUAAGAAGAACUAUCCUAACUGGUGCUUCCUUAACAGGUAUAACCCUAACGGGUACUUUCCUAGCAAUGGAUACACUAAUAGGGAUUACUCUGAAGAGGCCAGUGCUACUGGAGAGUCUCUUAACAUAUUCAACAUCUAUUUUAACAUAAUGUUCCGAAAUGGAAGUUAUCUUGAUAAGAAUUAUCCUAACGAGACUAAAGAUAAUGAGAGGCAUCUUAACGGACAAAAUCUCAACAUUGGUGCUCCUAACGUAGUCCUCCACGAUGAAGACGGGACUAGUAAUAAUGGAGGACACCUUAAUAGACAAAAUCUCAACCCUGUCUCCCUUAACAUAGUCCUCCAGAAUGGAAGUGAUCCUAACGAAUUUAAUAGUAACGGCGAGAAUUUUAACGAACAAAAUCUCAAUAUUACCUCUUCUAACAUGGACUCUCAUAAUGGAAGCAAUUCUAACGGAAGUUAUUCCAGCAAUAUAUUUCCCAUCGAAAUCUCUCUUAAUAUAGGCAGUCAACAUCCUGAAACAUCGAGUUUGAAUAAUUUGAAUAACGGGAUUGGACAAAAUUUGUCAAUAGGCAUUUAUGUCCUUACUGAGCCAUCAACCAGUAAUCCUUUAGGAUUAAAUGAUAACUUCACAACAUCAUUUCAAUCUAAUGCUAGCGACGUUAAUGAUGGUACACCAGGAAUAAACAAAACGCAGCAGGAUCGUGGACAGUGCAGAGACGAUGAGUUCCACUGUGGAAGCAACGAGUGCGUACCGUCUAAUGUCAAAUGCGAUAAUAAAGCUGAUUGUAGCGACUCCAGCGAUGAGGCAUUUUGCAUUAUGGAAGCAUAUCAAGAAAACGGUUGCGCAUUACCUGAGCAACCGACAGGUGGACGUUAUAAGUUGGUAGGAUGCGACGAGUUAUGCCGUAAACAGUCUGGCGACAUUGUUCCGCAGCACAGUAUUCUUAUUUAUACCUGUAAUAACGAUUACAUGUUGUAUGGCAGCAAUAUUACCAUUUGUCUUAACAACAUAUGGGAUCAUCAGGUCUCUUGUUUCAAAAAUUGCCCGCCAUUGAACAGUACCAGCGUAGACAUUCAUUGCAGUUAUCAAGAAAAAUUUGCAAUUUGUAGCGAGCAUUCAGUCCUACCUGGGACACAAGCCUGGUUGACCUGUAAACCAUUUUAUAAAUUACCUUUAAUCAAUCCGGGUGACAUGUCGAUGAAGUGUCUUGACAGUGGCGUGUGGGAUCGCGCUAUGUUUCACUGUGAACCAGAAUGUGGCGUAACUAUCCAAAAUACUGAGCAAGUAUUGAUAAUUAACGGCGUUAUCAGCGGCAUUGCGUCCAAAUUAGGCUCGUUUCCCUGGCAUGUUGGUAUCUAUGUAAAAGAUGGCACCAACACGUACAAGAAUAUAUGCGGUGGCAGUCUAAUAAGCAAUAACCUCGUCGUCUCAGCUGCACAUUGUUUCUACGACGAGGCUGAGAAUAAACUUUACAACGCGUCGAAUUACGCUGUGGGUGCCGGCAAAUACUAUCGUUCUUGGGAUGCCGAGGAGCGGCGAUUCAGUCAGAAGUCGUUGGUGGAAUACAUAAAAUUGCGCUUCGACUACUUUGGGACGAGAGGUAAUCUUGCCGAGGAUAUAGCUCUGGUGAAGCUACAGACGUCUUUAAAUUUCAACAAACUGGUCAGACCUAUCUGCGUAGAUUGGCAAAACAUGUACGACAAAGAACAGCUGCAAGUGGGACAAUCAGGUAAGCUGGCCGGCUGGGGUAAAGAUAUCACUUUUAAGCCCACUGAGGAAUUAUUCGAACUUACUAUGCCGUACGUGGAGCGUCAGAAAUGUCGAGAUAAGGUACCACUAGAAUUUCGCGGAUUCAUCACGUUCGAUAAGUUCUGUGCCGGCUUUACGAAUGGUUCAAGCGCCUGCGAUGGAGACAGCGGUGGCGGUUUAUGUUUUGAGAAAGAUGGUAUUUGGUAUCUUCGUGGUGUCAUCAGCGCGUCUCCCCAGAAGAAUGGCCAUUGCGAUUUCAACUCUUACGUUGCAUUUACCCGGAUCAGUACCUAUCUUGAAUGGAUUCAUAAUUUUUACGUCAAACUGUAAACAUCUACAGGGAAGUGGGUUGUACGAUAUACGAAAUAUGUUGUUUAUAUUAUCGAACCGGCAAUGACUCGGGACGAAUGGACGAUCAACAAAGUAGUAAGAGCGACAAAAUCCUAAAUAUUGACAAUUAUCCUGAAUUUUGUAUUCAUUUUGCAAAAUGCUCCGGCAACUUCAGUGAACAUUGAUGGACAAACAGAAAUGGGAAAUCUAAGAUCCGCGACUUAAGUCGCUUUUGUAUUACAAAAAUGGUAAUUAUUUAGAAUAGGGAGCCAGUUCAAACACUUGAAUCUUGACAUACGUUAUUGAGGACAUCUUAUUGAGUAACCUAUUGUAGGUUUUAGCCGUCGCUCAUUGUUUAUUAAAAAGUUAUAGAUAAAUGAAAUUGUUUAAUGCGAAUCAAGAUUCCGCAUGGGUUUGCAACUUUCCACGCGAAACUAGGACGGACAGGGAGGGUGCGGGAGG